GUGAGGAUAUAUGAUCGUAGGACAGAGGAGACGAGGGGAGGAGGCAAGGAGAGGAAGAGCAGAGGUGUCGGGGAUUAUCAUCGCUGCAGGUGGAUAGAAGGAGGCAACGAGAUACCAAAGGAUAUAGUUAAGGCGACAGUGACGAAGGGAAGGAGACAGUGAAGGAGACGGUGGAGGAGGGAUGGAUGGAGUCUGAGUACUCAGUGAUCCACCGGUCUCUGCGGAGUCAUGACGUACCAGCAGGAAUCGUCUUCCUUCCGGAGGUUUUUUCAGUAUGUGGAGGAUAGUGGCCUUCGAACAUACGAUGGUUUGGUGAUUCAAAAUGCUUCAGACAUUGCUAGAGAAAGUGACCGUAUUCGUAAUCAGACCAACUGGACCUACCUGCAGGAAAAACACCAGAAGAAGAGACGGCAGGAAGAUGCAAUCAAGAGGAUUGGUGAAGAUGUUGCCAUGGUAACGGACACAUCAUACUCUGGGAAACAUUUCAGAAUGGGCUUCAUGACAAUGCCAGUGCCGCAAGACAGACUGCCCCCCGCAAGCCAGGGCUUCACGGUUCGAUCUCAGUCCCUCCACUCUGUGGGUGGAGGAGAAGACGACUCCAACCACAACCGAAAACAACCCCCGCCCAAACCGAAGAGGGACCCCAACACCAAACUGAGCAGCAGCUCUGAGAUGGUGAAUGGGGGAUCUGGAACCAUCAGGAGAGACCACCAAGAGACCAAAGAAACAGCAGACCAAGUGGAGGCUCAGUGUCCUUACUACUCUGAAGAUUACAAGAAGCUCCCUCCACCUAAACCGAAGAGGAACCCAAACACUCAGCUCAGCACUUCCUUUGAUGAGUCCUACAUCCAUAACCAUGGCAACAAGAAGUAUUCCUCACGGCGGGAUAAAUCUUCAUCCCAGAAUCAGAGUCCAGUAUCCAGAGACAUGGAUGACGAGGAACCAGUUUAUAUUGAGAUGGUGGGAAACAUCUUACGUGAGAUGAAAGGUCAGGAAGUGGUGGAGGAUGAACAGAAUGAGUCAGUGUAUGAAGAGAUGAAGUACCCAAUGUUGGAGGACUUUCUACAGGACACUCACUCUGCCAUCAUGGAUCCUGAAAUGUGGUCCCGUGGAUCUCUGUGUGACAUCCCUCCACCCUUCCCCAACCUCUUGACUCCUCGGCCACCAUUGCUUGUCUUCCCCCCUGCCCCUGCUCAAUGCUCCCCCAACUCUGAUGAGUCCCCCCUCACACCCUUAGAGGUUACCCGGUUGCCCAUGUUAGAAAAUGUCUCCAUUAGCAAAUCGAGUGGGGCUGAGCAUGCACAGCCCUCCACCCGCCGCCGCAAAGACAGGGAUCGGGAGCGAGACAAAGACAGAGACCACUCAAGCAACCACACCAUCACGUCCUCUGGCCGGUCAUCGGCUCCACCUCUUCCGUCCAACCUAUACAAGUCGUCUGACUCUGCCCACGGUGGUCAUGGUUACCCCCGUAGCCAAUCAGCAUGCCCAUCUCCAGUCAGCAUGGGUCGUUCCCUUACCCCUCUGAGCCUGAAGAGGCCACCACCGUAUGACACACUGAUGGCUGGAGGAAGCAUGCCUUGCUUUUCAUCGUCAUCAUCUUCACACAAAGUGGGGGAGUCAAAACUCAGUGACUCAUCCCCCACCCACAGCUCCAUGCAGAAUGUGUCAGUGAGGUCACAGACACCAGCAAGCCCUUUGGAUGAACUCAACAGCCUGUUUACUUCAGGUAAACAGGUGGUAAAGAGAGGUUCAGGAAGCAGGAAGAGCAGGGAGGGUGAAGCAGAUUACAGGUCUCUGCCCAGACAAGACUACAAAGACAGAGACGGACGAUCUAGUCCAGGAUCCAGCAGGAUGGGGAGAUCAUCUGUUAGCCCCACCAUGAUGCUGUGUGGGGGAGGAGGAGGAGGAGGUGGAGAAUCAAAGUCUGUUUGUAAACUCGGCCGCUCAGCCUCGACGUCAGGGGUUCCUUCACCAGGUGGAACACCUCAACGUCACCUGCAUGAAGCGCAUCACCUCGCCCUCAGCCAGAUGCCGUGGCUCUGUGGAGACCCCACCAUGAUGGAGAUGAUCGAGAAGAAGCGAGUUCUGUGUCGAGAGAUCAAAGCUCGUCAGCGGCCUGAGAAGAACCUGUGUAAACAGGACAGUAUGCCCAUCCUGCCCAGCUGGAAGAAGAAACAUCCACCGCCAUAUUCAGCCCCAGCCACCGCUGGAGCCACAGGACACACCACAGUGUUCUGGGACACUGCCAUCUGAAACACAGCUACACACACACACACACGUAGCAUAGACCACCUGAACAAUGCAGAAACACCUGCUGCUGCUGCUGCUGCUGCUGAGGAUGAUGAUGAAGCAACCCAUUAGGCCACACCCACCACACGUACAGGUUCAUCAUGAUUUAAAGAAUCAUCGUCUCUGGUUGACUUUAUGUAAUUGUUUGAUUGACAGUUUCAGCUGUGGUUAAAAAUAUCACUGAACCUGCAUAAAAGCAGAAUUACCAGGAACUAUGAGAGGUUAAAGAUAGUGUUCACUAAAGCCCCUUGUCCACUAGCGCGGCACGACUCACCUCGCCUUGGCACAGCACUAUUAUUUUGCGUUUCCACUAGCGAUGGUACCUGGUACUUUUUUCUUGUCAUCCGAGCCUCGAGCUGGCGACCCUCAAACUGGCUGACACCCCCUCCUCUGCCUGACGGACCUUUCAGCUGAUGAGCCACUUGAACCAGAUGUGUCCAAAGGAAGCUGUAGCAUUGUCCUCUUCUGCUUUGGUACAAAUGCGUCCUAUUCCUAUUAGUAUACCAGAGACUUUAAUCUCCAACAAUUACCAAGGAAAUGUCUAAAAUCUCAUCAUUUAACCGAGGAGUCUGGUGUAUUUAGCGACAGCACCGCGGAAAGCCUGUGAUCGCGAGCUGCAUCACAAACCCCUG